GCCGCUUCUUAUUGGAAUGCGUUGGCAUUUAGACGCUUCAAUAACAAUCAGUCACAAUACCGUUGACUUAAAAACGUUUCUGUAUAAAUAUAAUAAAUAAAUUCGAUUAGUGAAUUUCUUUACGAUUAGAACAAUGAUCCCGAUAAGAAUUAAGUGUCGAGUUUUUGAAAAGGUAAUCUUUUCGAUUAAUAAAAGGACAAAACAUCUCUGGAAUAUAGAAAAAGUCGUAAAGUCGCCGUACAAAGACGUGGUGAUACCAGAUAUGCCGAUCUGUGAUUACAUGUGGAGGAACUUGGGGAGAUGGUCAAAAAAAAAGGCCGUGGUUUGCGGAAUAACUGAUAGAAGUUACACAUACCAACAGCUAUACCGUCAAUCCCGAGCCCUUGGUGCGAAUUUGCGAAGAAAAUUUAAAAUUCAAGACGGUGACGCAAUUGCUGUAAUGCUUCCAAAUAUGCCCGAAUAUCCUAUCGUUAUUCUCGGUACACUAACAGCCGGCGGUUUAGUUACAACAUUAAACCCUGUUUACACUGCUUAUGAAAUUGCAAGGCAAAUACAAAUGUCACAUCCGAAAAUAUUCAUCGCUGUUCGAGACACCGCACCAAUAAUAAAAGAUGCUUUAAUAAAAUGUAAAUUAAAUGUACCCAUAAUCAUUGUGGAUGUUGACGAGAAUCGACUAGAAGACACUGUGUCUUUUAAAGAACUUGUUGAUGAUAAUAACAUAGAUUUAAACAUUUUGAAAGAAGUCAAAUGUAAUAAAGGCGAUGUGUCACUUCUUUUAUAUUCGAGUGGAACAACAGGACUCCCUAAAGGAGUAGAAUUAACGCAUAGAAAUGUCAUUGCGAACUCUGAACAACUUAAUUCAAGUGAAAUAAAAAUGUUCAACGACACAACUGACUCGAACCAAGACACAAUUCUGUCAUAUUUACCAAUGUUUCAUUCUUACGGUCUAUGCGUUGUUCUGAUACAUAAACUAUCUGUUGGAAUGAAAUUGGUCACUUUACCGAAAUUCCAGUCGGAUAUCUUUGUAAACACAUUGGAGAAAUAUGAUUUUACUACACUGUCCUUAGUUCCACCAACAGUUCUUUUUCUGGCGACUAAUUCUGAAGUGAAUUCCAAACAUUUUACUAAAUUAAAAAAUGUUUUUGUGGGCGCUGCGCCAACACCGAUGGCUGACAUCGAGCAAUUUCUAAAUAAAGUUAAUCACGACAUACAAUUCAGCCAUAUUUAUGGACUAACAGAGACGUCGCCGAUGGCUCUAGCGCCACCUUUAAAUUUCAAGGAUUACACCUCCGUUGGGUUCGCAUUAUCAAACUGUGAAAUCCGUGUCGUUAAUAAUCAAUUGAAUAAUUUGGGUCCAAAUGAGCUUGGUGAAUUGUUAAUAAAAGGGCCAAAUGUAACGAAAGGUUAUAAGAACAACCCAGAAGCUAAUGAGCAAGCCUUUGUUGAAAAGGAAUGGUUAAGAACUGGUGAUUUGGUAAAGAUCAAUGAAGAUGGGUCUGUAGUUAUAGCGGACAGAUUAAAGGAAAUUAUAAAGGUUAACGCUUACCAAGUUCCUCCAGCUGAACUGGAAAACGUUAUCAAGGAGCACCCGGCUGUAUUUGAUGUCGCAGUAAUUGGAGUACCAGAUGAGAAAACCGGGGAAAAACCUAAAGCUUUUGUAGUAUUAAAUAAAGGAUUUAAUGUCACCGAGAAAGAAAUAAUGGAACAUGUUAGCGAUAAAGUAGCUCCAUUUAAAAAAUUAAAAGAAGUAGUUUUUAUCGACACCAUACCUAAGAAUUCGACUGGUAAGGUCUUGAGGAGAUUGUUGCACUAAGUGUCAUUUUAAAAUCGAGGAGGAAGUAAAAAUCCUUAUAAAGGGUCAAUAGAGCAUUUGUUUUUGAGUCGCCUAGUGAUAUAAAAGCCGCAGCUUCGAUUCCAUGUACUAUAGCGUCCCAACUGCUAACAUAAGCUGUAUAAUUGAUUGUAAAUGUAUGAAGGUAAAUGCCCAUUUACCUUCAUACAAGCCCUUAUAAUAUUAUUAGAAAUCAGAACGUUAAAAAACAACGUCUUAUUAUUUUCCUUAUCUAUUCCCAUUUGGUUGAUUAAGUAUAUAGUUUGUAAGUGUAAGUAUGGAUAAGCCUUCGAUUUGCGUUGCUUAAAUUGGGCAGCACCUCAUGAGAAUAUAUUAUGUUUUCACCGUCUGAUCGAUAGCUACGUUCAGAUAAAAAUAUUCGAUUUGCGGUAUAAAUGCGCGGCCUUUUGAAUAAAGAAUUUAUAGCUCUAGUUUACCUAUGCUUUUAAAAUCUAAAGGAGCUCAUAGUUUUCCACCCAGAAUGUGUGUAUA